GCACCAGUCAAUCAUAUUUUGGGCGUUGCUUAGCAGUUAUGUACAAUACACCCAAAAAAAGUUAGUCGUUUGCUGAGAAACUUUUUAGAAAAUCAACAAAUACAUCAGCGGGUCCUACUUAUCGUUUCCUUAUCCUUGUACAAGUCAAUCUACUACUGUGAUGUUAAACUUGUGGAUUUUAUUAUUUGCGAGUCUAGCAAUCGGAGCUAAAGCGCAAGGCUUUGACCUUUCUGAUGCUUUGGGUGGUGAUGAGAAAGAUCCAACCAAGGCUCCCAUUCCAAAAGUCCCAGUUGACCCGAAGAAACCCGGUGGUGAUGGUGGACUAGAUCUUUUUGAUGCUGUGCACCCAGACCCAAAAGACCCUGCUCAGCCUCCACCAAAACCACCGGCAGGAGAUGGAUUUGAUCUUAAUGAUGCUCUUGGUCCAGACCCUGUAGCGCCAAAGAAGCCAGCAGUUAACCCACCAAAGGAUGGUGGAACCGAUGGUGGUACAUUUGGAGACUCAGAUUUGCUUGAUGUGGUUGGAGGUGGUGGAUACACACCAGAUAAAGGAAAAGGUGGCGGACAUAUUAAUAAUCCUUCUUCUAAUGAUGGAGGCAAGGGCAAUGAGGAUGAACAUCAAGAGACUCGGAACAUUAACAUGACUAGCAUUUUGAGUGCUGUGGGUGUGGCAGUCGUUGGGGCCGUAUCCAGUUACUUUGCCUACAAGAAGAAGAAGCUUUGCUUUGGACAAGGAGGUAAUCAGAGGGGUGGUGGAUUAGACAAAGGGGGAUCUGGGGGUCGAUAUGGUCCCGCAGGAAACCGCUCAGGAGGAGGAGCAGGAGGAGGAGGAGGAGCAGGAGGAGUUCUCAGCAAUCUCCUCAGGAUGGUGUGACUUCCAUCAGUCAAACCAAUGAUAGGGAUCAUCAGCAACUAACAAUGCUGCAGAAAUUCCAGGGUGAGACAAUGCAGAUUUUAGUGGCUGAGUUGGACAAUCUUUUUUUGUACAGCUACAAGCAGAUAGUUGUGUAUGUAGAAAAUGUAUGUAUUAAAACUGGUACCACUUAUUUUUCGUUAAGAUUAUGAUAAAAUAUGUAAAGUACAAUAUUAUUUUUCAAACAGCAAUACAUUUAAUUCUUGAUAAACAUGUAAACAGCAAGGUGUUACUGGUGAAUAUUAAUUGAACAUCUGAAUUAGGCAAAAUGUGUGAAUGUACACAUUUCACACAAUACAUUUAGACCAGCUAGAGUUGUCUAUGCAAUCAGCUUUGACUUGCAAGUUCAUAUGAAAUACAGUUUCUGGUGUAAAUUCAGUAUUCAAACCGUAAGGAAUCUUUAAAACACUGUCCACAAAAUCUUUAUCUAAGAUUAUGAACCUUUGUUGUAUUGCACUAUGUUGGAAAGGGGUUGUUUGGACUUGGUUGUUUUUAUAAGUGGGAGUGAAUGGUUUACAUUCAUUGUGUUCCCAAGAUAUUUUUUGAUUUCUACCUGACAGGACCAUACAAAUAUACUCUUGUACCAUGACACAUUAGGGGAUAUUUAUUUAAAAAACUCUAUAAAAAUCUAUAUGUAUUGUAAAUAUGAUGACUAAUAGGAUGCCCAAUAUGUACAGCAUACAAGUGGUGGAAGGUAUGUGCUUGUUUUCUAUUAAAAUGUCUAACUUCAAAAAUAAAUUUUAAAUAUUUGUCUCUUUAAGACAUAUUUUUGCACUACAUCUGCAAUAGUUUGAUACAUAUCGCUUUAUGUUCAUAAAACUUAAUCUGCAAGAAUCAAAAGCCUAACUUAAUGCCUCACAUUGAGAAACAAUAUCUCAAGUAUUACAUUCCUAUUGAAAUCUUUCUGGACCCCUCUAUGUAUAACACUGUUUUUGUAAUGGGGAAUUUCUGUUUUGUCACAGAUACAAUGCAAUGGUUUAAACAGUGUCCUCUAAACUCAAUGGUAAUCUAUGUGUUUACAUGAAUAAUUAGCAUGCUAACCUGUGAAAUGAAUAACUUAACAGACAUGACGUCUAGGACUCUGCUGCCUUGAUACAAACCUACUUUAAAUAUGUGGGUUGUCUGAUGAACUGCAGGUGCACCAGUUAGAAGAUAUUGACCCAGAUAGACGCAGCCUGACUGGCAUUCUGAACUGGUGAAUAAAUAAAAGGGCAAAAGGUGCACUGCUGAAAGUGCACUGCUGAUGACUACUCAUUUUUUAAAUGACCAAGCUCUUUGAUUUGGACACUUGGGCGGUAAAAACAAAUCUUAAAAAACUAAAAUUAUUCAAAACAAUGAUUAAACAAAACAUUUAAAAAUGUCAUAAAAUGUGUUUAUCUCCCUCUACUACAUUUUGAAUGCACAAAUGUGUGAAAUAGGCUACAAGUAUUUGUCAUAUUUAAUUAUGUGUAAAUCAACAGUAUUUUAAUAAACAAAUUUGACUGGUCAAUAAUGGUCUAUGCUGGCAUUCCUCACCCUUUUUUCUACCUGCAGCACAUUAGCAUUCAUGUCUGUUUUAGAGUUUAAUCUCUCAAAAAAUAAUUUUGAUCAUUCCUGUGAAGCGAAGAAUGAUUGGCAGUGAGGUUUAAGUCUGCUUGGUACCAUGAUGUGGGUUGAGCUUCUCUGCAUGUAAAGGAUAUACCAGGGCAGGAUGAAUCCCCAGUGUAUGCAAACCCAUAGGACAAAAAAACAUCAUUGUAGAGUCUGCAUUGGAAUUACUCCAUUUUCACCUUGGAGGUAGACCCACUUUUUUUGUGAUGUAGCCACAAAUUAGCCAAAUAGCAUUGCAGACUGUGGCUAAUGCUCUUAACAAAACAAAACAAAAAAAAAAAACAAAAAAAAAACAAAA